GGGGCAUUACAAAAUGGGAAGUUUUCAGACUUCUGCAUUUUGCGCUCCCCACUCCCCUUUCUCUGCAACUGGCCUCUCUGCUGCCUUAUCUCUUCUCUACCCUUAAACAGCUCCCAAAAUUCCCGACCAAUCCCAAUCCACUAUGAGAGAAGACAAGGCCAUUUUACGCCUCCAAACCAUCCCGGGCCUCGCCCCUUUCGAAACGACGAAGAGUGAUGCGCCUCUCUACGCAAACGCCCGGCUCACUGACAAUUUCAACAACGGCUGUGGCAGUGCUUGUAAUUUCGCCUGUCUUUCGAUGGCAGAGAAGAGAGAACAGCAACGAGAUUUCGCGCCCACUCCAGCUCAGCUCCUCAACCAUCCUUUGGCUGCUCUAGCUUACGUCCCCAGAGACGCUGCCAUUUUCGCGGCUGGCGCCAUUGCUGGAGCCGCUGCUAAAACUGUCACUGCUCCGCUCGACCGUAUUAAGCUUCUUAUGCAGACUCAUGGUUUGAGAGCUGGGCAAGAGAGUGCAAAAAAGUCUAUUGGUUUUAUCGAGGCAAUUGUAUUGAUUGGGAAGGACGAAGGAAUUAAAGGAUACUGGAAGGGCAACCUUCCUCAGGUUAUAAGGGUUGUACCGUACAGUGCUAUCCAGCUUUUUGCUUAUGAAACUUAUAAGAAACUUUUCACGGGAAAAGAUGGUGAGCUUUCUGUUAUUGGGAGACUUGCUGCUGGAGCUUGUGCUGGCAUGACAUCUACUUUUAUAACAUAUCCGUUAGAUGUCCUCAGACUACGUUUAGCUGUUGAACCAGGGUAUCGGACAAUAUCUGAGGUUGCAUUGACCAUGUUGCGAGAGGAAGGUUUUGCUUCCUUUUAUUAUGGUCUUGGACCUUCUCUCAUUGGCAUAGCUCCAUAUAUUGCUGUGAACUUUUGCAUAUUUGACCUUGUGAAGAGGGCUUUGCCAGAAAAAUAUCGCCAAAAGACUCAAGCAUCUCUACUGACAGCUGUAGUGUCAGCUACUGCAGCUACUAUCACCUGCUAUCCUUUAGACACAGUAAGAAGACAAAUGCAAAUGAGGGGCACACCGUACAAAUCAGUUCUGGAAGCCAUUCCAGGUAUUAUUGAACGCGAUGGAGUUAUUGGCUUGUACAGAGGUUUUGUUCCCAAUGCAUUGAAAAACCUACCAAAUAGCAGCAUUAGGCUUACCACCUUUGACAUUGUCAAACGUCUAAUUGCGGCUAGUGAAAAAGAGUUUCAGAAAAUUGUAGACAAAAAUCGCCAGAAAGAAAAGCAGGAAACGAAUGUUGAACAAUCCUAAUUUGCAAGUCAUAGCAUUUUUACUGUUUGUUUACUGUCCAUUUUUUCUUCCAGAGCUUAUGUUCAGCUAGAAGUACCCAUUAUUUGUGAGAUUUACGGUUCACUAAGAUUAUCUUUAUGAUAUGUGAGAAUCGAAAGGUGCCAGCUAAUAUAUGUGCUUGGAUGGUUCCUAUUUAGCCAACGUUGCGGUAGUCAGGCUAGUUUUUUUCAAUUUUAGGUGGAACUGCAAUUUAAGUUUCGCCAUUAUGGUAGGAAACUUGCAUUACCAAGUAACCAUGUACUAUCUUACAUGAACGUUCUUGAGCUGCCAGUUAUUUGUUGAACUGGGGCUGUAUUAUUGUAUGACAAUUAUUUGUGCAAGUUAUUUUUGAGUUUCGUCUUUCGAAUUUGAAUGAUUUUUCAUGCCAUAUUUUACUUUUACAGGGGUAGUAGAACUUCAUUAAUAUUGUAAGGGGAUAAUUUGUAUUUUGAUU